UUCGUACGUAAACGUCAAAUAAAUGUGAUAUAAAUUUACGUAAAUAAACUUCAAUAUGCAAAAAAUCCGCCGGUAUUUAAUGUUCUAAGUGGUGUUUAAAUAAAACAAGAGGACUAAAUCAUUAUUAAUAGAAACACCGAUUACUAAGUGCGAAUAACCUCUUAAAAAUGACGAAAUUGUUUCAUCAACCCAACCGCAUAUUCUCUGCGGUUUUACACCGAUUAAAGUACAGCACGGCACCGAAAACAGAAUCUACAAUAAGAAUAAACGGCACUGACUUCAUAACCGACGAUUACACCAAUGUAACCCCUAAAAUUCUAUCAUAUUUGGAUCGAAACUUGCAUCUUAAGAAAGAUAACCCUCUCUCGAUAUUGCGGCAAAGAAUUGUUAACUAUUUCUAUUCCUCGUUCACGUAUCGAGGUAAUCCAACGUUUAGCGUGUACGAUAACUUGUCGCCGAUCGUCACAACGAAGCAGAACUAUGAUGAUUUAUUAAUUCCUCUGGACCAUCCGAGUCGGGUUAAGUCCGACUGUUACUACAUUAAUAGGAGUACGCUGCUUCGAGCUCACAUGACGGCCCAUCAGAGCGAGCUGCUGAGGUCUGGGCUGGACAACUUCCUUAUGAUAGGACCUGUGUUCAGGAGGGAUGAAAUUGAUUCAACACAUUUUCCUAUAUUUCAUCAGGUUGACGCAGUGAGAUCACAAAGAAGAGAACAAUUAUUCCCCGAAAAUGAGGACUUACACAUUUUUGAGCCGACCUACGACCCUACAAAGCCCCACGCCUUUAUCAACUCCAUCUCCGAUCCAACAAAACAAAGUUGCCACACACUAGAAGCUACUAAACUCAUGGAACACCAGUUAAAAGAACACCUCCUCGGUCUUAUAAAGACAUUAUUCGGAGACGAUAUCAAAUACCGAUGGGUCGAAGCUUACUUUCCGUUUACCCAUCCAUCUUACGAACUAGAAAUAUUCUACAAUAACAAUUGGCUUGAAGUGUUAGGCUGCGGUAUCGUCAGAAAUGAAAUAUUAGUCAACGCAGGACCAAAUCACACUAUUGCCUACGCUUUUGGCUUAGGCUUAGAAAGGCUAGCCAUGGCAUUGUAUAAGAUACCUGAUAUAAGAUUAAUGUGGAGUACGGACUCUGGAUUUUUGACACAGUUUCAGAAUAAAGAGCUAAAUGCAGAGAUAACGUACAAGCCCGUGUCUAUGUACCCACAGUGUACAAAUGAUAUAUCAUUCUGGCUGCCAGAGGGACUUACUAUUGAUACAUUUAUGAGCAAUGAUUUCUAUGAUCUAGUCAGAGAUAUUGGAGGUGAUAUUAUUGAACAGGUAAAAUUAAAGGACAGAUUCGUCCACCCAAAGUCAAAGAAGCACAGUCUAUGCUACAGCAUCGUGUACAGACAUCUUGAAAGGACACUCACACAAGCAGAGGUUAACCAAGUCCAUAAGGAGAUUGAGAAAGCGGCCAUCGCGGCGUUCAAUGUUGCUAUAAGAUAGAUCGUUAAAAACUAAAUUUAUUUAUUUAUUCUAUGAGUAUGUCUGAAACCUGAAUGACCAUUACCAGGCGUGGCUCACUCUGCGAUUUCAUCGCUUUGUUACAGGUAGCUAAAAGUACAUCCGUUUCAUUGUUUCACACCAAUUUUGGUGGCUAGCCAUAAGCCGCGCGUGGCGCUGUCGCCACCUAGCGGCCAUAUCUGUCCUGAUCGUAACAGAGGCGUUUUGUUAGAGAGUGAAUCUUCUGUACAUAGUACUAUUAUUUAUUCUGUGCCAUUACCAGAGUCAAAGUAAUGGAAUUGGCAAUUGUCAAAGGUUUUUAUAGAUGGCACCAGGGUAGGUUUUACCUGUCUCUAGUAUUGAUAUACAUAUGAAAUUUAGUUAAUCCAGGAUCUGGGUUAUUACUUACCAUAAAAAAUUGACACUAUUCAUAGGUCUGACAGGUAAAACCAGUAUUUAAUAUGUAAUUGCUUUCAGUUCGGUUUAGUUCUAGAAAAAAUCGCUGUAUGAAAUAAAUUGUACACACAGCAACAGAAGUAGGUAAGCGGGCGAGGUUUAUAUAAUUAUCUGCACACUAUAAUUGUCUUAAAAUACAGUUGUUCAGUUCAAUUUGAAUACCUCGUCCGCUUAACUAUUCUGCUGCUGAGUGUUCCUAGUGGUUCCUACGUUAGUAUAGGUACCUAAUAAAUAUUUAUGUCAUUGUU